AUGGACGACUCCCUGAAUGUCCCCAGACAUAUGAGAAGUCCUGGGGAUGACGGCUAUCGAACCCCCACCAUAGAAGAUGCCGAGCGGACCCUCUCGGACAUUGGCGUUGAAGAUAGUCCAGGUAGCCAAGUGCUCGAAGUUCAUUCUACAGCUCUGCAGGAAGUCUUGCAGAGAGCGACGUCGCGGGUUGCCGAGAAAUCAAAAAAAGAGGGUAACAAAGAGGCCACUGCCUGUUUCGACCAUAAUGGCCUGGGAAUCGCUGUCAGGCGCAAGCCACCAAGUCGACUUGGAUGGAAGAAACGAAUUCGCCAUGUUACAUGGGCAUACUUUACAUUGACUAUGGCCACGGGUGGCUUGGCUAAUGUCUUCUAUCAAGUGCCCUUUCAAUUCAAAGGCCUGUACGCGAUCGGAGUCGUCGUCUUUCUAAUUAAUAUCGCUCUAUACCUCCUAAUCUGGGGUCUGCUACUUCUCCGCUUCUACUGUUUCCCCUAUACAUUCAGGGCAUCCCUGAUGCACCCAACAGAAUCACUCUUCGUUCCAGCAGCGAUAGUAUCCUUCGGCACAAUCCUGAUCAACGUAUCCCAAUACGGGCCCGAACACGCCGGCCCCUGGCUGAUGCGCGCAGUCUGCGUAUUAUUCUGGAUCGACGCUUUCCUCGCCGUCAUGUUCUCAGCUGGUGUCUACCUGCUACUGUGGUCGACGCAGACUUUCACCAUCGCCCAGAUGACGCCUAUUUGGAUCUUUCCUGCUUACCCCAUGCUCAUUAUUGGUCCGCAUGCUGGUGUGUUGAGUUCCAAGCUGGAUCCGUCCGCCGCGCUUCGUGUUAUUGUCGGUGGUACGACUAUUCAGGGUGUUGGGUUUUUGGUCUCGUUGAUGGUGUACUCAGCUUUUAUUUAUCGGUUGAUGACGCAGAAGCUUCCCAAGGAGAAUCUUCGUCCUGGUAUGUUUGUUUCUGUUGGGCCUAGUGGUUUUACGGUCGCGGGUAUUGUCAAUAUGGCAUCCGCGGCGAAGAGGGCGUUCCCUUCUGAUUUUAUGGGGAAUGGUGCGCUCGCUGCUGAUGUGAUGAAAGUCGUGGUUAACUUUUCGUCUUUAUGGCUGUGGGGAUUGGCAAUAUUCUUCUUCAUCAUCGCCAGUGCUGCCCACUGGUCCGCCAUCGGACCCAAGCGAUUGGACUUUUCCAUGACUUGGUUCUCAUUCAUUUUUCCUAACACUGCGUUGAUUACCGCCACAUUUGCCAUUGGUGAUGCAUUUUCCUGCAAACCUAUUAAUAUCGUUGGAUGUGUGGCCAUAUUACCCCUUCUUUUGAUGUACUUUUUCGUGUGCUAUAUGAUGAUUCGGGCCAUUGUGAUGAAACAAAUCAUGUGGCCCCAAAGGGGUGAAGAUAGGGAUGAAGGUGGUUUCGAGAUUCUUGCGAUCAAGCCUGUUGCAGAUGCGGAUGGAGAUAGCAGCGAGAGUAGUCCUGCAUGA